CAAUCAUAAAAUGAGGAACCCGGAACAAACAAACAUCAAUUAACCAACCUGUACCUAAGAUUCACAUCACAGCGCUGUUGCAUUAACAGAAAGAAAACCCUUCAACUUUAAACAGAGCAUUGGAGGUCCAUUCUUCACUCCUGAACAACAAUGGGAAAAUUCAGAGCAAAAUCCGAUUACGAACAACUCAGGAAAGCUCGAAUAUCCGAAAAUCAGGCGAGAUUGGCUUCUCUUGGGCUUCAAAAGACCAUCCAGGAACUUAGAUCGCUGAAUUCAUCGCCGAAAUCAGAUAAAAUCCAUGUCAGGAAAUACAGCAAAGUUGAUUAUAGCUCCACCCCCUUGCGCCAUUCGGCUCGAUUGAGGGGAAAAUCACCGCCACCACAAGGGGAAUUGGCCUAUUUCGAAGAUAGUGAUGGGAGUGAAAAUGGCAAGAAGAGAGGGUCAAGUAGUGGGCAUUUGGUGAGAGCUGAAAGGAGUUUGAGACGGCGGCAUAUUUCACCGGAAGCUUUGGCUCGGCGGUGCCAGAGCAAGGGCAGAGGGAGCUUGUAUGAUCCUGUUUAUGGGAUUUGUUGCCAUUUCUGCAGGCAAAAGAAGCUGUGUGGUGAAGAAGAUUGUAAACGUUGCGGUAAUCUGGACAUGGAUCAGCCCUGCAUUGGCAAAACAGAUUGCUCGAGUUGUCAUUCCAGCAACGGCAUUCUUUGCCGAGCUUGUCUGAAGGUCAGGUAUGGUGAAGAAAUGGAGCAAGUGAGAUCAAAUAAAGAGUGGAUGUGUCCUCACUGCAUGGAAGAAAAAGGGAUCAAUCCCUACUGGGUAUGUAACAGCUCAUUCUGCCUGAAGAAACGUAAAAUGGUUCCGACCGGGAUAGCCAUAUUCAGAGCUAGAGAGAUGGGAUACAAGUCCGUGGCGCAUCUGCUGAUGGAUGAGCUUCAACGGGCGGAUAAAAGAGUAUGAUGACGAGGCUCCCAAGCAUGCUGCAUUAAGCUCCUCCUUCUCUGGUGGUGUAGAGCAGCAGCUAUUUGUAUUCACCGAUCACUUCUGACCCCUGAGUAACUUAAGCUAUGGCCUUAAUUUGUAUAACACCAUAACUGAUCACAUGCUGAUUCACUGGAACUAAAGUUGUACUGGGAGUGUUUGUAAACACUAAAUUAUAAGCAUCUAUGAGCUUUCACUUGAAAACUAGUU